AUGGUGUUAUGUCAUAUUCGUGCAACGGUGCGGUUAGGCAAACUGGUGGCCAAAGCCGGUACGCAAAGUUCGGCCCUACGGUGGUCCCGUUUGUUUAGCGUGAGCAGUGUGGCCCUUAAAGAGCGACUCUUCACGGACAAACAUGAAUGGGUAUCGGUGGACGGUGAAGUAGGCACGGUUGGUAUUUCGAACUUUGCACAGGAGGCACUCGGUGAUGUGGUAUUCGCACAGCUGCCCGAUCCCGGAACCAAAUUAUCGCAGAAAGAUGAGUGCGGUGCGCUGGAGAGCGUGAAGGCGGCCAGCGAAAUUUACUCACCCGUGUCCGGUGAGGUGACAGAGAAGAAUGGAGCAGUAGAGGAGACGCCCGGUCUGGUGAACUCGUCCUGCUACGAGAAUGGAUGGCUUUUUAAGCUGAAGCUCACAAAACCGGACGAGCUGUCGAAGCUGAUGAGCGAAGAGCAGUAUGCGGAAUUUUUGAAAACUGCUGCCCACUAG